CCAGAGAGCAGCACUUUAUGCCUUGGAGAUCAGGCUCCACGGCAUGGCAAACCACUUCAAAGCACUUUGAAUAGGAAUUAAGAGGAAUAUUUCAGCUGGAGGAUAUUUAUAUUUACCCUCAUCCAGGUUGAGUGCUGUCUUAAAUUUUGGGGUGAUGUGCCAGUACUGGUGCAGGCAGGCCCUGCUCCGUGUGGAAUUGGGCAUGCUGGUGGUGGUAUUGGUAGCCGGCAGCACAGCACAGAUUUAUGAGAGGAGGGAAGAAGGGUCUUCAUGCUAUGGAGGAUUUGACCUUUACUUUGUUCUGGACAAGUCUGGCAGUGUGCAACAUUAUUGGAAUGAAAUAUAUUACUUUGUGGAACAUCUGGCUUACAAGUUCAUCAGUCCUCAGCUGCGCAUGUCUUUUAUUGUAUUUUCAACGGAGGGAAGGAUUCUCAUGGCACUAACAGAAGACAGAGAUCAGAUUCGUGCUGGGCUGGAGGAGCUCCGCAUGGAGGAGCCGGGAGGAGACACCUUCAUGCACAGAGGAUUUCAAAGAGCCAGUGAACAAAUAUACUAUGGAACUGGAGAUGGUUACCGGACAGCAAGCGUCAUCAUUGCCCUCACAGACGGGGAACUAAGAGAGAAUCAGUUUGACCUGGCACAAAGAGAGGCCGGCAGAGCACGUCAGCUGGGUGCCACUGUGUACUGUGUGGGAGUGAAAGAUUUCAAUGAAACACAGCUUUCCACAAUAGCUGACAGUAAGGACCAUGUAUUUCCUGUGAAUGAUGGAUUUCAAGCACUGCAGGGGGUCAUUGAUUCGAUCCUGAAGAGAUCAUGCAUUGAGAUCCUCGCAGUAGAACCAUCCAGUAUCUGUGAGGGAGAAACCUUCCAGGUGGUUGUGAAAGGAAAUGGUUUCCUUCACGCCCGAGAUGUACAGAAAGUUCUCUGCAGCUUCCGCAUCAAUGACACUGUUACUUUAAUGAAGAGACCUUUGGUUGUGAGAGAUACGUACCUUCUGUGCCCUGCUCCGGUUCUGGAAAAAUCUGGAACGUCAGCCACUCUCCAUGUCAGCAUGAAUAACGGCCUCAGCUUCAUUUCAAGCUCCAUCACUAUUACUGCUGUUACUUGUUCUGAUGGGACCUUUGUGGCCAUUGCUCUGCUCAUCCUGUUGCUCCUGCUGACCAUUGCUCUGCUGUGGUGGUUCUGGCCUCUCUGCUGCACUGUGGUCAUUCAUGAGCCACCUCCUCCAGUGAUAGAGGACUCCUCUGAUGAUGAAGAUGGUUUUCCAAAGAAGAGGUGGCCUACUGUUGAUGCAUCGUACUAUGGAGGUCGUGGAGUAGGAGGUAUCAAGAGAAUGGAGGUUCGUUGGGGAGAUAAAGGUUCAACUGAAGAAGGAGCCAAACUAGAAAAAGCUAAAAAUGCUCGAGUUGUGAUGCCUGCUCAGGAAUACGAUCCACCUCCUCCACGUUACUAUAACAUGCACAAGUCCACCCGUUCCCAGAAGUGGUACUCUCCUAUUAAGGGAAAACUGGACGCUCUCUGUGUAUUCCUGAGGAAAGGCUAUGACAGAGUGUCUGUAAUGAGACCAUAUCCUGGAGACAAGGGCAGGUGCAUAAAUUUCACCCGGAUCCAGUCGUACCCCACUCACCGCUACCCCAUCUACAACCACCCUCCAACACCUGUCUACACUCUGCCCCAUACAUACCAGCGGCGUCCAUCAGAUGACAGCCAGUUUCUCCAUUUGCCCCCCUCGCCAACUUCAACUCUGCCUCCUCUGCCAUCUACUCCACCCCCAUCCUCCAGCAGCUCUCCCUCAUACACACCACCUCCAAACAGAGCGUUGCCCCCAGCCAACACAAGCUCAGUCUCUGUACCUCCAUCACCAACUGGCUCUCUGCCGCCUCCACCUCAGGGCCCUCCUCCUUGCAGAGCGCCUCCUCCUUCACGCCCUCCUCCACGCCCCAGUCAUGAGAACAACUAAAGAGCACAAAAAUUUGAGUAGGGUUCAGAUGGAACCCAGCAAAACCUUGUUCACUGUGCUCAUGACUUGUGUAUGAUGUGCCAUGAACUCUGACUUUUUAUUUUAAGUCUAUGGUGAAUAUAUAAUGUAAAUAUGCAAAGCUUGGCUUGUUGGGGUUAUUAGAAUUAAGCUUUUAGUCAGUUUAUAAGACCUUUUAUUCUUAUUAACGUCAGAUCAGACAAAUUUUAAAAGAGCAGAUUUUUUUUUUUUCUUUUGCUUUUUUGUUUUAUAUCUGCAAGAUAUUUGUAUUUGUACCGAGCCAUUUCCUUUUUGGUCAAGUCUUCAUGCUAAGUUAAGCAAAUGACCCUCUGGCUCCAGCUUCACUCUACAUACAUAAGGGUGGCAGCAAUCUUCUCAUCUUUUGUUUGACAAUAAAGCUAAAAGGCAUAUUUAUCACUGAUUUUUUAUACUGUACAGAUACACAUCUCCAAUGACAGUGACAGUAACUGACUAAUUGCUGUUAAAAAGACAAUUUUAAAAGUUCAAGUCCAGAGAUGUCGAUUAAAAAGCUGUCAGCACAUAAGUUAUACCACACAGUGGUUUGGAGGAGUGUGAGGCUGACAGUCAGAGGCUGUUUGAAUGUCACCUUUGGGAAGUCACUGUGUGACGGAUCUCGCAGCCAGAAUGACAAACUGCAGGUCCGAGUCUUGUGAUCAGAUUUUGUUUGUACUACUUAAAU